AUGUCUUCUUUUCCUCCGCUUUAUGUCGUCUGGUCAUAUAUAGUCACGGUCGGCCUGCCUUUGUAUUUGGCGAGGCGAGGAUACAAGAAAAAGUCGCUCUCGUUCAGUGGAGCAUUAGCUGCAUUUUUUGUUGGAAUGGGGACACUUGCAAAUGAAUGGAGAUUAUUUGCGGUGAUAUUAUUAACAUUUUAUUAUACGGGAUCAUUCUUCACCAAGUUCAAGGCGGCAAAAAAGAAAGAGCUCGAUGAAGAAUACACUGAAGGCGGUCAGAGGACCGCAAUACAAGUAUUCUGCAAUGGAUUCUGGGGAAUGGUUCUAGCCAUAGCACAUCGAUCGUAUUUUGGUGAUAUCGAUUGCCUGUGGGAAGAGCCUAAAUCGCGAUUGAUAGUCGUGGCUUAUGUUGGUGGGCAAGUGAACUCGGCGUACUCAGUCCCACCUGGCACAAAUGGCGGCGUAUCGCCACUAGGUCUACUCGCUUCUAUAGCUGGUGGCACUUUAAUCGGCAUUUGUUCCGUCUUGUGCCUCUAUCCUUCCUGCGACCGUGUUAUUUUUGAACUUGUUCCCCUUGGCGCAUUCGCCGGUUUAUUUGGGUCUCUUGUCGAUUCCUUUCUCGGCGCGACAGUGCAGCAGACGUUAUACUCGAAGGAUAAGAAAAUGAUUGCAUCACAUGACAGAGAGGGUGUAGUGGUUGUAAGUGGGAUAAAUUUACUGGAUAAUAAUCAGGUUACCGUCAACAUCUCCUUGUUGAAGAAGAGACCUACACAAUUGAUCGCCGUCAGAUGA